GGACCCCCAGAGCGCCCUGAGCAGCCCCCCCACCCAGCGCCGCCGCCGCCGCCGGCCUAGUCACCAUCACACCCCGGGAGGAGCCGGACCCGCCGGCCCCAGUCACCAUCACCGCAACAAUGAGCAGCGAGGCCGACACCCAGCAGCAGCAGCAGCAGCAGCCGCCCGCCGCCAACGCCGCCCCCGCCGAAACCAAGCCCGCCCCCACCACCGGCGGCGGCGGCGGCGGCCUCACAGCGGCGGCGGCGGUGGCGCCCCCCGCCGGCGGGGACAAGAAGGUCAUCGCAACGAAGGUUUUGGGAACAGUCAAGUGGUUCAAUGUAAGGAAUGGAUAUGGUUUCAUCAACAGGAAUGACACCAAGGAAGAUGUAUUUGUACACCAGACUGCCAUAAAGAAGAAUAACCCCAGGAAGUACCUUCGCAGUGUAGGAGAUGGAGAAACUGUGGAGUUCGAUGUCGUUGAAGGAGAAAAGGGUGCGGAGGCAGCUAACGUUACAGGUCCUGGCGGAGUCCCAGUGCAAGGCAGCAAAUACGCAGCAGACCGUAACCAUUACAGACGUUACCCGCGUCGCAGGGGUCCUCCACGCAAUUACCAGCAGAAUUACCAGAACAGUGAGAGUGGGGAGAAGAACGAGGGGUCGGAGAGCGCGCCAGAAGGCCAGCCCCAACAGCGUCGUCCCUACCGCAGGCGGCGGUUCCCACCUUACUACAUGCGGAGGCCCUACGGGCGGCGACCACAGUAUGCCAACCCUCCCGUGCAGGGAGAAGCGAUGGAGGGUGCUGACAACCAGGGUGCGGGAGAACAAGGAAGACCAGUGAGACAGAAUAUGUAUCGAGGUUAUAGACCACGGUUCCGCAGUGAUGGCCAAGUGGCAGCAAUGAGAGCUCGGGACAAUUUCCCACCUGCUCAACUGGGCCCUCCUCGUCAAAGACAGCCAAGGGAGGAGGGUAACGAAGAGGAUAAGGAGAACCAAGGAGAUGAAACCCAGGGUCAGCAGCCGCCUCAACGUCGGUACCGCCGUAACUUCAAUUACCGACGCAGACGCCCAGAAAACCCUAAACCCCAAGAUGGCAAAGAGACGAAAGCAGCCGAACCACCAGCUGAGAAUACGUCCGCUCCCGAGGCUGAGCAGGGCGGGGCUGAGUAAAUGCCGGCUUACCAUCUUUACCAUCAUCCGGUUUAGUCAUCAUACAAGAAGAAAAGAAAUUCCAGCAAUAAGAAAUGAACAAAAGAAUUGGAACUGAAGACCUUAAGUGCUUGCUUUUUGCCGUUGACCAGAUAACUAGAACUAUCUGCAUUAUCUAUGCAGCAUGGGAUUUUUAUUAUUUUUACCUAAAGAAGUCUCCUUUUGGGAAUGACAAACAAGUUUUUUAAAAAGCCUGGUUUUCUCAAUAUACCUUGAAAGGUUUUUAAAUUGUUUCAUAUCUGGUCAAAGUUGAGAUUUUUAAGAACCUCAUUUUUAAUUUGUAUGAAAUGUACACCUGAUUUUUUCAAAAAGUCAACAAACUGCAAGCACCUGUUAAUAAAGGUCUUAAAUAA